AUGGCUGAUGGCGAAUGGUCACCAUCUGGUAAUAGAACGCCAAAAUCUAGCUUCAACCAAGGCCCUGCUGGUGCAGCAGAUGAAUGGAGGUCUCCUGCUGGAGGAGCUCAGACUACAAGACCGCACACUACUUAUAGACCUGGAAGCCAUGGAAGUGUGAAAGGCUACGGAGAUCGCGAAGGACGCAGAGGUCAAGACGGCUAUAGUAGUCGAGAUGGUCAUAGAGGUCAGAAAGACUAUGGUGGUCAAAAUAAUCAUGGCGGUCGGGGAAACCUUACAGGUCAAGGUGGUCACGGAAAUAAGGAGGGCCAUGGAGGACCAGGUGGAAUUCCCACCUGCCCACUUCUCAGUGCGUCAAUGAGUGCACCACUAUCAUCUUAA